GUCGUGGGGAUGGUCAUUGCAACCUUGCUGACUGCCUACUAUGAUGGUAUGGAGGGUCUAAGGCGCGCAUGGUCGCCUCGAAAGAUUCUGCAUUGUUUACCUGCCGCCUUUCUCUUUGCCUUGGCCACGACUUUGGGAAAUUUGGGAUUUGCCAUGGGAAUCAGUCCAGCUCUCUACUUGGUCUUGGGGAAGUUCUAUACCCCCGUGGCGGCCUUUUGUGCCCGCUGGAUCAUGGGCAAAUACUACAUGCCCCUGGAGUGGCUUUCGCUCAUUAUCCUCACUCUAUCUUCGGCAGCCUUCGGAUAUUUACAGGUCUACAACAUUGGUUCCAAGGGUCCCGCAGCUGCACCCGUCAGCGCUAUGGCGAUGGUCCUAGGUUCCGCCGCGGUUUCUGCCCUGGCGUCGCUGGUCACCGAGAAGAUUCUGAAAGGGGAGCGCGAAGCCUUCCACGUCCAGAAGGUACGUCUGGAUUGUGGAAGCAUCCUGUCCAGUUUGAUCCUGAUUCCUGUGAUCGGUUUGAUCGCCACACGGCCACAGGACGUGCCUUGGGCCGUGCGACCCGAGAGCUAUGAGACGUGCCCAGCGGAUUCAGUGUGCUGGGAUUUGGGUGCCGGCACUUGCAGCAAUUCCGACUGCAACUGUCCGUGCACCUCAGGUCUUUUCGCAGGCUGGGACACCUGGCUCAUCUUCAUGGCGGUCUUCGUGAACACCACUCAAGGCUGGUUGGUGGGCAAGGUGACCCAUGCUUUUUCAGUGGUCCAUCGAGCCAUUGCGGAUUCUUUCAGCCUUUUGGCCAUCUACUUUCUCGGUGAUCCUCUGUUGAAUGGCAAGAGUUUGGACAACAGCACUUUAAACCUCGUUGCCAUGAUCGUGCCACUGAGCACUGCCACGUUCACCGUGGCCACCGCGGAGAUGCGAAAAGCCUUUGAGGCGCAGAAAAAGAUCGGGGCGGGCUUUGGUCGUCCCAGAGUGACCUCAGUGGACUUUGACAGCGAUGAUGAAUCCGUGAUGUUAGGAAGUGCUGUCCACAAUUUGUCGAUGUCUGUGGCCAACACGAAUUCAACCAAUACACCCUGAGACGCCACGGACAAACACGAGUCAUGACGACCAGGAUGUUCGGCGUGGCAACAAAAACCACGAAAAAACUCAGAUGGUUGAUGUUUG